ACCAAAAUGCAACAACUUUCUCGUCCCGGAAUCAGAAGGCCUACCGCCGAAAAAAUUCAGAGAAAAUGAGCAGCAAAUAAGCGCCACAGGAGAUGUAGUGAUGGAGGAUGGAAACAUUGAAAAGGGUGUCAUUGAUGAAGGCAGAGAUAACGCUGCCUCAUCCAUGGAGGAUACAGCAAACAAGGACAGUGCAUCCUCUGACUUGGGAAGCACAUCUUCAAAUGAUGAUGCUCAGGAUAAAGAACUGACAGUUGACCACCUCCAUCAUGGAGGGGAUGAUGCAGGAGGAGUUGAAAAGACAGCUGAGGGCUCAUCACUUAGUGUUAAAGAGGAGGAAGGAAGCAUUUCAGAUACCUGUGUAGUCAGUGAGGCAGGAGGAGAUGUUGCCAUGGUGACAGGAAUGAUGACAAAUGACAAUGGAGUCAACAAGACAGAAGAAUGGACUCCCAAUGUACCUAGAGCAGAUCCCAAGGAUGGUAGCACCAAAGAGUCUUCACGAGACCAAGAGAGUGAAUCGGUGCCUGACAACAGAGGAGAUCAGACACAGUCUAAGAGUGAUGAUGCCUCAGUUGAUGUCGACUCGGGAAAAGUUUCAGAAAUGCCUCAAGCAUCCCAAGAAAAGGAAAAUGUUGUUCAGUCACCUGUUGAAGCAGUAAAGACAGAAAAGAUCUCAGCAGAGGAGACUGAUACAACUGAAGAGGUGGAUGUCUCAAACCACAACCAUCUGAAUUCCUGUGAAUCUGUCAAAGGUAGGAGUGAUGGUGUUGAAAUGCCAACGGAUGAAUUGAACAAGAAAAGUGCAGAAGUGACAGAGUCAAAGAAACCUGUUGUAAUUUUCCCUAACCCUGAACCUGAUGCGAAAGUGGUUGAGAAAAAUCCAGGGGUGGCAACAUCACCGAAGGCAGCCAAUCAAAUGGAUGGAGCAAAUGCCAACAACAAUGCCAAAGGUCAGAGUUCAGGGUCAAACAGAGACAACAAAACGUCAGCAGGGGAUACCAAGUCUGCUGCUUUGAUUAACACCAAGAGUGUUGAAAAAAACAGUUCAAAACCAGACGCACCCCCACCUGAAAUAAGGGAGCGGGCUGGUAAGUCGUACUCUGCUCAGAGAUCAGCUAACCGUGGCAGUCGCAAGAGCGGAGUGCCAGAUCCCAAGUCCCAGGACAAGCAGAGCACACCGAGACCGACUGAGGGUGAUGCCAAGAUGGAGUCCAGAGGGAGAGCCAGCCAGGAGGAGGCCGUGAAGGCCAAGGGAAAGCAGGCCUCCAAUCAAGGCAGGGAGAAGACUGCCAGUGGGGGGAACCGGCCCAAGGAACCGGACCGAGAGAGCGAGAAGAAACACAGUGAUCAUCGAAGGAGAGACAGGGAUGGGACGAGAGAUGGCAAAAGAACAGGGGAGGCAAUCCCGGCAGUCAAGAAGCCGAUCAAGACCAAAGAGGAGAUUGAGCGGGAAGAGGCGGAGCAGAAGAAGAAAGCGGAAGAGUUGAAGAGAGCUGAGGAGGAGAAGAAGGCCGCCGAGAUGAAGAAGCAAGAAGAGGAAGAACAGCGUCUUUUAGAGGAGGAGAACACAAGGCUGGCUGAGGAGGAGCAAAAGCAUGCGGUAGAGAUUUCCACCGAGGCUAAUGAACGUAAACAGGCCAAGAUGGCACUCCGAGCCAAGAACCUCGCUGCUGCAGCUGAACGUCCCGAUGAGGAUUUCUUCGUCAAACUUGACUCCAGUAUGAAAAAGAACACAGCAUUUGUCAGAAAGUUGAAAACGAUGACCGAGCAGCAGCGGGACUCGCUGACGUCAGAAUUCAACGGCCUAAACCUGACAAAGUACGUGGGCGAGGUUGCCACGGCGAUCGUGGAGUCCAAGUUCAAGAUGGCCGACAUUAGCUGCACCGUGCACAUCUGCUCCCUGAUGCACCAGCGGUACGCGGAGUUCUCCGCCCAGCUGCAGCUGGCCAUACAAAAGUGCCAUCCGGCGCAGGCCAAGAAGGACGACCCGAAGGAGAGCAAGAAGGAACCGGUUGUUUUUGACAGCAGAAUUAGAGUGGAGUUGAGAUUCCUUGCUGAGUUGAUUGUGGCUGGAGUGUUCACGGAGAAGGAGGGCCUACCGCCCCUGAACAACCUGCUGUCCUCGGUCCUGAAGGCGGACAAGGAAAGCCACGCCCACAUCUCCAUCAUCAUCAGCUUCCUGAAGCACUGCGGGGAGGACUUCGCCGGGCUGGUGCCCCGCAGAAACAGGCUCUUGGCAGAGAAGUUCAAUCUGACCCUCCCCUCCAGCGAGAUCUUUUCUGCCCAGCGGAAGGGCGCCUACAAGUCUCUCCUGAAAGACCACUACCUGUCGCUGACCAAGCACCUGCUGAAGGAACACAGGGACCUGCAGAACGUAGAGAGACACAACCGACGCACGCUUCAGACCAAAGGAGAACUGAGCGAAGAGAGAAGGAAGCGAUAUGAGGAGAUGCAGGCCUCCUAUCAGAAACUGCUAGUCAAUACCUCCACCUACGCAGAUCUUAUCGACGAGGUUGUACCAGAUCUACCAGAAGCAGAAAUAACACAAGAGGAGCGUGACAUGAUGGCGCUGGAUUACCUCGGCAGCGAUAAAUCGGGGGCGGAGUUUGACUUUGACACGUCUCUGUGGGAGGACGAAGACACAAGAACGUUCCACGAGAACUUGAUUGACCUGCGUACAAUGGUCCCAGGGAUUCUGUUCAAAGAUAGUGAAAAGAAGGCAUCGCCUGACGAGAAACAGGAAGAUCUGGACAAACUUGGAGAAGAUAUCGUAGCCCUUGAGAAGACGGAAGGGGCAGAGAUUGUAUCAAAGGAGGAGGCGGAAGCGGCUGAGAUGGCACCGAGGGAGGAGCCAGAGGGCGCUACCACAGAGGAAGACAUUUCAGUGGAGGAUGUGGAGACCACCUCAGCCUUGGAGCCUGAACAGGAAGAUACUGAAGAGGAGGAGGAAGAGGCAGAGCAAGUGACCAACAUGAGCAAGAAGAUGCUCCUGGAUGCCUACCUACAGCGCCUCCCUCAGUGUGUCAACAGGGACUUCAUCGACAAGGCUGCCAUUGAGUUCUGCAUGGACCUGAACACCAAGAUUAACCGCCGUAAGCUCAUCAAGACUCUCUUCAAUGUACCCAGAACCAGAUUGGACCUGUUGCCUUUCUACUCUCGCCUUGUGGCCACUCUCUAUCCUUGCAUGCCUGACAUUGGCACAGAACUUGUGGAGAAACUCAAGGCUGACUUCAGAUGGCAUGUGAGGAAAAAAGACCAAAUGAUGAUUGAGACAAAAAUCAAAACUGUUCGGUUUAUCGGGGAGCUGACUAAAUUCAAGAUUUGCUCCAAGUCAGACACAUUGCAGUGUGUUAAGUUCCUGCUGCAAGACUUCCGGCAUCACAACAUUGACAUGGUAUGCAACCUGCUGGACAGCUGCGGGCGGUUCCUGUACCGGUCCUCGGACUCCCAUCUCCUGACCAAGGCACUGCUGGAACUGAUGAUGCGCAAGAGAAGCAAACUGCAUCUUAACGAACGCCACAGCACCAUGGUGGAGAACACUUUCUUCUACUGCAACCCUCCGGAGGUCAAACAGGUUGAGAAGAAAGAGCGGCCGGUGAUUCACCAGUACAUACGCAAGCUUAUCUUCCGAGACCUGUCCAAGACCACCACUGAGAAAAUCCUGAAGCAACUCCGGAAAAUGGACUGGACUAAUGUGGAGAUCAAGACCUACAUCACUAAAUGCCUGGGCAACGUGUGGAACGUCAAGUUCAACAACAUCCACUGUGUAGCCAGUCUCCUGGCCGGUCUGGUACCCUACCACGAUGACGUGGGCAUACAGGUUGUGGAUGCCGUCUUGGAGGACAUCAGAAUCGGCAUGGAGAUCAACCAUGCCAAGUUCAACCAGCGCCGUGUCUCCACCGUGAAGUUCCUGGGGGAGCUGUACAACUACCGCAUGGUGGAGUCGGCGGUCAUCUUCAAGACCUUGUACUCCCUGAUCCGAUUUGGCAUCACCCUGGACGGUGCCGAGAAUCCUCUUGACCCUCCGGAACACCUGUUCCGUCUGCGGCUGGUCUGUACCCUGCUGGACACCUGCGGGCAGUUCUUUGACCGGGGCACCAGCAAGAAGAAGCUUGAUUGUUUCCUGGUGUACUUCCAGCAAUACAUCAUGUACAAGCGCAGUCUACCCAUAUGGAACCCGCUGGUCCACCCGUUCCCACUGGACACCGACAAUGCCCUGGCCGACACGCUGGAAACACUACGCCCCAAACUGAAGAUCUGCACCACCCUGGAGGAGGCUAACGAGGCAGUUGCCGAGCUGGAGAAGGAACAGGUCCAGAAGCAUGGUGGUGUCAUACAGAUGGCGAUAGCAUCUGUCAACCCCCAGCCACAUGGUUCCCCGCAACUUGGCACCAUCACUGAAGGCGACGAGACCAAGGCUACUGCAGCCGUGGAAUUUACCAGCAUCACGGAGGAUGAGGAGAUCUCCGACUCGGACUCAGAAUUGGAGGGCGUGACUCGGCGGGGGAGCGAAGGGGGCGGAGAGGGCCACACCUCCAACAGCCAGAGCCAGGGGCACAGCCAGAAUACCGGAGAUGAAGAGGUGGCAGAUGACCAGAUGGCCCUGGACUCGGCAGGCGAGACUGAAGAAGAAGACACGGUGACUGUUUUGACAGGAGGUCCCAAGCUCAUCAAGUGUGAAGAGGACGACGAUUUCACGGCAGAGUUUGACAAGAUGCUGUCAGAAAGCGUACAGCAACGCACGGUGGACACCAUCAAGGUGCCGCAGCAGGAGAUCGCCAUCCCCGCCCAGGCCCGGCCCCGCCCCAAGAAGAUCAUCUUCGACAUCUUCAAUCCAGACAACAACGAGGACGACAACGAGGCCGAGCAGCAGGCGGACUCGGUGAACUUUGUGCUGAUGAUGCGGCGCGGCAACAAGCAGCACUACCAUGAGUUUGAGGUGCCCAAGUCGUCGGACCUAGCCGCCAACCUCAGAAACAGGGAGAGGCUUGAGCUUGCCGAGAAACAACGUCUGAAGGAACUGACACUCACCAUCAAUGACAGACAGGAAGAAGAGGACUAUCAAGAAAUGAUGGCGCAGUUCCAGAAACCGGCGACCGUCGUGACCCCCAUGACCCCCAAGGAGCGUAAGCCUAAAUUUCACCAUCCCAAGGGUGCCCCCGACGCAGACCAGAUCUUCAACUCCUCGGGCAAUCGCAAGUGGUGAGCUGACGUCAACUGCACUGUAACAACAAAGAGGCCCAGAGGAGAGGAUAAGGGAAGAACAACGCACAGUUGAGGAAAGCUGAGGUUUUAUCGAGUCAGUCGGCCCGCAGUUCUGAAGAAAACCUUUCAGCAGUGUAAAGUAACUGUAAUCGGGAGUGGUUCGUGAUGAAUUUCAAUCACCGACGUUGACCCUUGUCAAAUGUCUACUCACGUUCUAGGUGGCUUUCUGUUGACUUGGCAGCAUAAUUCUUAUCGUUCUAGAGUUAAAAAUCUCUUGAAGGUCUUUUGCAGAAUCUUAAAAGGUUUUCGGCAGGUCCCACUUAUAUCUUACCAGCAAGUGUUUACAUCAAGGACUUGACUUAACGUGAGUUCAGAUCGAAACUAACGGCUACGAUAGUAUCGAUGUCAAAAUGACUCGUGAGUUCUGAGAGAUUAGGAAGGUGGGUUACAUACCUUGUGUUGAGUCUGUUUGUAGUAGAAGCCUUCAUCUGCAGCUCCCCCCAUGCCAACCUCCUUCCCCAACCAAAACGAGCUACUACACUAGAAAAAUACUUGCUCACCAUUUUCCCAGGUAGUUUUACUGCUUUGCAAAAGUAUCUAAAAGAUGUUAGCAAAAAUAGUCGCUAAAACAAAAGAAUUGAACUCAACACCCCCCCCCCCGGUCAUUGAUGGUGUGUCAUAGUUCCUGAUUUCUCUCAUUCUGGUUUUGCUUGCUGUCAUAGCGAUUCAGAAUUCAAUUUCAGAUUACAGAGUCUUUUAUUCCAUUGAGCUUUUUGAAUUCGAAAGCCCAGCAGACAGACCUGUGAUUGUGGGUAGUGAACUUGACAUGACUGUGUGUUGAACAGUACCUCUGCCAGGCUCAAAGUCUUAGAUAACAGAGACUGUAGACAGAAAGGUUUUCACCCAUAUUGGGUUUGAAAAGAUAUUGUCUGGCAGAGCUGUACAUGAACCGUAUAGACACUGUGCUGUCAACUCACAACAGUCAAGAGAUAGCCCAAUCAAGGACCGUUGCCUGAUUAGUGGCAAGCUAGUGUCGUACAUUGUGUCUGCAUGCUAACAUUUCAGCCAGGACACCUUUAUAUUGAACCACUGUCAGUCCAAAUCAUGGUGACUCACUUUCCUGGUUCCCUGCAUUAACAUCUUGAUACACCAGCAAUUCAACUGGUCUCCGUCAGCCAGUCCAGUUGAGCAGACCAGUCAUUCUAAAUGUCAACCUAGACUGUGUAUUGCUUUACACAUGUACGUGAAUGGCUUAGACUGGUGCUACCAUUUUUUUCAUUUUAAUACCCACACAUCCUUAGCUUCCGUGCACGAGAACAAGACCCCCAAGUUAAUAAGCAAAGCAGUAAUGUAGCAUUAAGGCCCCCUCCCCCCGAUUGUGAUGCAUUUCCGGUUUCUUUGCUAUGGGUUUAGUUACGAAUCCGUACUUUCCUUUGAUAUUACAAGCAAAUUUCCUUUCAUGGUUUUAAAGAGCUUGUCAGAAAAUUGAGAAAUAUGGCACUGCUGCUGCAGGCUUGUUUUCCUAAUGAAUAUUUUCCUUGUUUCAUGCCUUCUCUCAAAACAUGAUUUUGUUGUUGCAUUUUUCCUAAGAAAAAGGAAAGGAAAUAUUUUUAUUUUCCAAACAAAAGAUUCAAUAUGUCAACAAAAACAAUUUUGCCUUUGAUGUUUCAUCAUCCAUUUCCGUAUCAUAUGAUGUCUGGAUUUUUUCCUUUCUGUUUUAAAGUGAUAAACAUUUUUGCUCCCUCCCACACCUCGGUAGACACUUCAAUACUUCAUAUGCCAAAUUAUUGGAGUCUUUAGCAUUUGUUGCAAAGCCUCCUGGGCUUAAAUCUGUCGGAUAAUUAUUGACUCUGCGCAAGCACAUGAGGGAAUGAGCAUUUAUACCCAUCAUUCCCAAACCAGGCAGAAAUACAUGAAGGUCGUUCCCCCUUUCUGUUAAUUUUCAUGCGUCACAGUAAUCCAAAGUAGAAAGAAGUUUGCCUAUUAAGUUUGGGUAGCUACGGGCAGUGAAAGUGGCGGAAUUGGCAUCGCUCGUGUGUACACUGGUAUCAUUUUCCAGGUAAUAGUUAAUCAUUUCUUUAGCCUGAUUAUAGCAUUGUGGGUCGCAAUUUCAACCAGGAACAUUCCCCUUCUAGGCACAACGCCACACGUGCGCUUGAUGAUGCUCAUCUGGCACAGGGUAUGUUCACCCACUUUUGCAAACCUGCAGAGCGUUCUAGUGGGCACUCGGUGCAUGGCACCACUGGCUUUUAUUGGUCACUCCAGCCUUGCCUGUUUCUCACCGUAGAGGGCACUUGUGCACGGAGCAGCUACUUAGACAAAUGAUGGCCGAUACUUUUCUGUAUAGUUGCUAUGUAGAAGUACCCACUCACCGACAAUGAAGAGAAAUGCUGGUGGGGAUUUAUUUCAUCUGGGCUGGUGGCGCACACGGAGACGGUACCUCGCCGCCGAAAGUGGUUGUGCAUGCUUUGCGCAGCAUGUGCGCGAUGUGCCCCUCCCACCAAAGGGACAUUGCUGCUGUACCAAAAUAUAUCAUCCCUCUUCGCUUGCAGAGACCACCUUUACUCUUUAUUUCAGGUGCAAUUUAACCCCCCCCCCUUUGGGUUCAUAUUGAGCCAAGCUCCGUCUGUGCACACUCUCAGUAUUGGAAAUUAUCCAUGGAAAUUGAUUGAUUUACUACUGCUUCUUUGUGCAGGUGGUUGGACCUACUUAUUAUCUGUCAGUUCAUUAGUUUCAAGGAUGAGCUGGAUAUAAAGUGUAUACAUUAGGAAAAUGGCAAAACUUGAGUUCUAAGUUUCCAAAGAAUUUCUGCAGACAAGAUUCUACAGCACGGUUCAAUAAACUAUUGGAGUUUGCUAUUCACAGACA